AUGGAUUCAGCUGUAGGUGCGAAAUUGGCGAAGACCCUACAAAGAUUUGAGAGCAGGAUUGCUGCAGGUGACUACUACGAGGCGCACCAGACUCUGAGGACCAUUGCUAACCGUUAUGUGAGAAGCAAGUCCUAUGACCAUGCCAUUGAGCUGAUUAAUCAAGGUGCUCUCUCAUUUCUGAAGGCUAAGCAAGGUGGGUCUGCUUCUGAUCUAAUCUUUUACCUGUUAGAGGUCUACGAUGUGGCCGAUAUCAAAGUCUCCGAAACUUCUGUGGGUAGAUUGGCACAGUUGCUAGUUCUUGUCGAUGAUCAGGAGCCUAACUUGAAAGAUAUUGUCACUGGUAUGAACAACUGGUCCAUCAAACACAGUGAAUUCAAGUUUGGCGAUCCUACUCUGCAUAAUGUAAUUGGUAAUAAGCUCGUUGCAGGAGGACUUGUAUAUGAAGCCGAAAGAUAUUAUAUGCUGGGAACACAUGAGUCAGUAGGGAAGUAUGUUGACUUAUUGUGGAGUUGGUUUACACAGGCAAACGACAAUAGUUCUGUAGCUGAUUAUUUCAGCAGGUUAGUGAUGAACUACUUAUUUAUACAGAACAUUGCUUAUGCCUACGAAGCAAAGGAACUGUUCUUGAAGAAAUUUAUUGACCACGUAUCACCAAAAGUACAAACAGUUGACAAGAACAGUUUUAAACUGAACUAUUUUAAUGAUUACUCCGAUCUAAACUUCCUACAAUUAUUAUUACUUACAUGCCAAACAGGGAACAAAGACCUUUUCCAAAACUUGAAAGAGCAUUACUCUGAAUCAGCAAGUAAGUAUAAGAAUGAGUUAUCUUACUUAGGACAAGAAUAUUUUGGCAUCACUGCGCCAAAGCAAUCCAAUUUCUUGCAAGAUAUGAUGUCUGGAUUCCUUGGUGGUCCAGGUAAAUAA